AUGAAGCAGUUUGUUCUAAAACACUACAAGGAACGUCCUACAACAACCACCAAUCAGCCCUCCGACAACAAAUCCAAGGCCAAGGCGGAAAAGGACUCCACUAUCACCAAGAAGCCACGAGGUACAAAGGGCAAGAAUGGACUAGUGCGUUCUAUGGCAUGGUACCAUUCAACAGUGACACUCGAGACUGGAACGCUGGCCGCCAACACCAAAAGGGUUUUUACCCCAUCGCCCACGCCUGUCUCCUCCAAGCCAACCACAGCAACGCCCGCACCUUCGACGCCCGUCUUGGACCGCCCUGAUCUACAGCGGCUCGUGGUGGAGUGUCUUCAGGAGGCUCCUCGUCUUUCAGCUGGUGUCAAACGGGAGACCCAGCGACUCGUAGGUCAGUUUGUCGAGACCAUGAACAAGGAGAUGGAUGCUGCCGAAUUGAGGUUCAUAAACAAGCUUCGGUCCACUACGGAAUCUAUCACCGAGGCAGAUCUGGUCAGGAAGCUGGCCGAGGCUAGGAGAGAUGCCAUAUCGGAUGACGAGCGCAGGAUUCUUGACCACCUCUGCGAACGUAUCAAGCCCGAAGAGGACAAUAGCGAGAAUGAGGGUGAUUGCGAGACGAAGAGCGGUGAGGACAACGGCGACAUCGAUGACAAAGACGGAGGAGAACAAGUCCGUUUUCUCCAGUCCUUUCUCGUGUUUCUGUAUUCGGGAAACUAUCCCGAAAUGAAGAACAAAACAGUGGAAUCUCAUACCAAGGACAUUGGAGUCAUCCCCACCGUCAACACCUUCAUCGAUUGGCUUGUGGACCGAAAGUUGUACAACCCACCUCGGUCGCGCGGCGAGAUCGAUGUUCAAAUGCCCUUUACUCCCAACAAUUUGGUGCGAUCGGUCUCUGGCCAAUUGGCCUUGGAACUCAAGAAAAUAUACAGGAAUGGGACAUUUGAUCUCUACAAGAAGGCCGAGGUUAUGAAGAAGAAGGGGACUCUAGGAACGACCAUCGACAUUCAGAUUCGGGAGGAAAUUUCAGCGGCUGAGAACUUUCUCCACCUUAACAAGCUCACCAACAACAGCCGCAAGAUCGCGCCAUUCACCACUUCCCAGCAACCCUUUGUAAGCUUCUCUGAACGGGAGCUUGCCUUAUUCUUUUGGAAACGGAAGCCAUUAAGGGAGAGACUGGAAGAAUUGGGUCGCCAGGACCAUACCCAAAUAACGUCUACGAACGAUCUCGAAACAUGGAUUGGUGGGAAGGAGCCCGGGUACAUCAUAAAGCACUUCGUCUGUGACGUGGCGCCCCAUGGUCUAACGAGUCGCCAGCGGAAAAAGGCCGGUCACCGAGCAGCUAUAAGGCUGUUGCCAUUGAACGAGAUUGGAGCUCACCUGGAUGUUGUCAAGGACAAGCACCUCGACCCGUCGCAAUACAAGGAACGAGAAUACUUGUUGAGGGGUUCCAUUAGGGCUGACGGUUUUCGUGUUCAGCUUCUCGCCUUUAAGCUGCGGGAACUGCAGGAUGUCCGUUAUCGACGUUUGCCAGAGAACCGUCUGCCGCCUAGAUUGACAUCCACGGUGGGAGGUACCGACUACUACCUUCAAGAGAUUCGUCACUUGAUCACAAGCAAGGAUGACAUUGUCGAUGCAUCUUGCAUCCAUGGCGUUUUGCCGUGGGGGCCAUGCCAAAACCACGAUUUUCCUUUGAGUAGCCUCUCUCCCUUGACCCCAUGCGCUGAUUUGGGAACUUUCAAAGCUGAGGUGCCUCACUGGACCGUGCGCUUCAUGGCGACUUUGACUCUUUCAGACAAAGAGAUGGCAUGGUUCGAUGGAGCAUUGGAUAAUGCAGAUAAGAGACUAACCACAGGUUUGAGCGAUCCCUUCAAGAAGAACCUAUUGAGCGAGUUCGAAAUGUGGAAGAGGGACAAGACACCAACCUUCUGGCUCCGUCGCUCCGCUCGAACUGCAAUUGACACCGCCGCAGUGUUAAUCGAAGGAUCUGUGCCCUAUGCAAAGGACGCCAUUCUCCAAAAUGCGACAGAACAAGUGGCGUCUUCUUCAACAACAAACACCACGUCGUCACCACUCUCGCCGUUCCUCGAUGAUAUCUGCUUUGACGAGGAUCUUGACGACGAUGAAAACGGAUACGACCCAGUGCCUGACCCUCAUGUUGCUCGUGCACGUACAUCCCCAUUUUACGAGCUCGUUGACUUUAUCUUUAAAAAGUCGCAGGGUCAGGACCCCUCUCUGCCUGCCUUGCCACCAGGACUGUCCUCAACGCAUAGCGAGAUGUUCGGCAUGGCACUUAAGCUCUUACGAGAGCCUGGUGACGUUACCAAGAAGAAAUCUGUCUUGUCCAAGACUCUUGAUGACUUACGGGCCAAUAUGCAAGCAGCACUGUAUCCGGACCCUGACGACCCUGCAGCCAUGUCAGUCGAAUCUCUCCAAAGAUUUGUUUACGAGUCGUUGCUCCAGUCCAUAGACCCUCGUCCCACACGAGCGGCCAAAGAAAAGUACUUGGCCCUUAAGAUUGUCUCGCAAGUCCUGCACUGGCUGGAAAAUGAUAACUUCACCUCGCCCGUAUCGGAACAUGUGUUUGUCAGCGCGUGGAGUGACAUCUUGAACACGCUCUUUGCCCAGUCUGGCCUACGCGGCAUUCCCGGUGAACUAGGCAGCAGGACAUCACGGGAAUCUCGCUUGUUGACCGAGAGCGUGUUCGGAGGGAAGACGGUGACUAGUACGAGCUCGAGAAAAGUGGAUUUGACAAUCAGGGUCUUUGUCGACAAGUCUUGGGCGGACGAAAUAUGUGAGUUUGAAUGUAAGUCAUUGGUUAGCGACUUGGUUUGCCAGGUGCAGCAAGGGAAGAGUGUUCGUCUGAAUAUCGCCAUCCUCCUGGCUCUGGAGGAGAAGGGCCUUGAUAUCGCACAAUACUACCCUAUUGUCGCAGAAACUCGUGGCCUGUCCAUCGAUUUUUACACCCUGCGACGAUACGGCGACAUCAUUGGUUGCGGUCGAUCCACACAAGAGAAGGUGUGGCUGCCAUUUGGGUACACCAAGCUAAAUGCUUUCCUGAGCUCGCGAUCAUUAGAGGUGCUACUCGGAUUUCGGGCCCACAUGGCUUUGUAUGCGAAGACGGCCACUGCUACACUUGCGUCUUCCCCAAUCACGCCACACUCGACGCUCCCUGUCAGCGCAGCCCUCUCCCUGCCAGCUACAUCACGUUCGAAAUCUGUGUCUGAGCCAUGGUCCUCGUCGGCGUCGACACCCCUGAUCACGUCUUCACAAGGAAGCACGCCGGAUAUCAUAGAGCCGCCACCUCAGAGACCAACAACCCCUCCGCCCCGCAAGCGCGAUCUUCCGUUUGUCAUGUUCUCCCCUUGCAAGUCUCAGCGACGCGGCAGCACGCCAAGCUCGAACUAUGACAGGCCGACCAUGCAGGAUAAUGAUAACCCGUUCCUGUAG